AUAGUGUUGUGAUGUGGAGUGAACGCUGUGAAAAUGCCAUGACGAAACAUGUACAUAUAUGCCCUUGUCAUAUGCAACUGUUUGGUGAUGGUAUGGGGCCAACAACAGCAAUGUCUGACGGGCACCAUGGACGAGCUGCAAUCCUGGGUCGACCACAAUGGCCGGCUCAAGCCAGAAGGUAACCAAUCUUCUGUAUCUUGCAGUGUAUCGGGGCUGUUUGGUGAUGGUAUGGGGCAACAACAGCAAUGUCUGACGGGCACCAUGGACGAGCUGCAAUCCUGGGUCGACCACAAUGGCCGGCUGAAGCCAGAAGCUCAAACCUCAUCUGUCGACGUCUCCGAGUCAUCACAUCCUGUCGCGACGCUACGCUUAGAGCUCGGGCAGAACGCAAGGGCGCCUAGAGAUAUCAAGGUCCUCAGUAUGGCGCGCUGUGGGCUCACGGAGGUGCCGGAGGUGUUUUCGUUGGAAGAUGCCAACCACAACCGUCUAGCCGACACGAUAGAGUACCUGACGCUGUACGGGAAUAAGUUCGAUGACCUCCAAUCCACGAGCGACAAGUAUGACAGUUUCAUCAACGCCUCUGACGCCAGGGUUCUUGUGCAAGGGAUGGGGUACGACAUUAGAGCAGCACUGUGGCCCGGUGGUCUCAUUGGCACCCGCUUCAAAAACCUCCGUGAAUUGGACUUAAGAGCUUGCGCCAUCACCACCAUAAGCACAGGCACUUUCGAGGGCAUGGAGAAUUUGGAAGCCCUGUAUCUAUCAGAAAACAGUAUACUCAACGUCAACGCCAAAGCGUUCUCGGGCCUUGACAAUUUAAUCCACUUAGAUAUGAGCAGAAACUACUAUUACGAUGAAUACGGAAACCAUAAGGGCUUGAUGCUUGAAUCUUUGGAUGUCAUGGACGAUUUUCAAAAUCUGGUUUCAUUGGAUCUUUCUUUCACACGUCUCUCGCAAAGUAAUUUGAUGAUGUUCAAUAGUUUUGGAAAGUCUUUCCAAAGGCUCUCUCUCUGUGAGACGGGGUUGACGAGGUUACGCAAUGGUAUCUUUAAAAAUACAACGCUUAGAUUCUUAGAUGUUUCUGGAAAUAACGGGAUUUUGAGCGAAUACGGUGUUUUAAGUGGCCUAGAAAACACCCUGGAAGUCUUAUAUGCCGUUAAAAUUGGUUUAGUCCACCUGAACAUGUUUGAAAAAUUUAAACGCUUGGAGAUUCUAAAUGUACAGAAUAAUGAGAUUAGUGUUUUCACACCCGAAGUAGCUAAAACAUUGGAGAAUGUACAGAUAUUGGACUUGAAUAAUAAUAGAUUAACUACAUUUAUAGAUCUUAAGUUCAGUUACAUGCCACGCUUGAAGUAUCUAUCAUUGCGAAAAAACAACAUAAACAUGAUAAACGAAAACAUGACUAAAGAUUUCAAGAAUUUAAGAUAUCUCGGAUUCGCCGAGAACUUUGUCAUUUGCAAUUGCCAAACAAGAGAAUUGUUUGAAAUCGGUUUAAAUGCUGAACGAAAAGCAACAAAGCAAAGUAGGAUCAAUACACAAUAUAAAGAAAGAGGUAAUAUGACAAAGUUUAGCAGUUAUCACACAGGGUUCACAUCUUACAACGAUAUUAUUAAUAAAAGAACUAACGUGAGUAAAUCUUGCGAAGUAGAUAAUGAUUGUGAUGGUAAGAUAUACCGUGAUAAUAUCACCGCAAGGUAUCUGCUAGUCGAUUACAAUCCUUCACUCUAUCAAUGCAUGCAGCUGGUUGGAGGGGCGUACAUGUCAUUUUCUUACCCGAUGGGCUGCGAUGUGUCGCCAAGGGAAGUGGACUUUGACGUGACCAUUGAGAAAAGUUGGAAUAAACUCCUGGCUCUGAUCAUUAUUCCGGCCAUCUUGUUCCCUGUGUUGAUCUUCGUGUAUAUGUUCAGGAAGAAUUUUAGGUAUUUCUGCAUCACGGUCAGGAAUUCUGCACUCCUGAGUAUGAUUAAUCAGGAUUCGGUUAUAGAUGACUCCCGUAUCUUCAACUACGACGUAUUCGUGUCAUAUUGCAACAACGAUCGCGGAUGGAUCCUAGACCAUCUGCUUCCACACUUGGAGACCAACUGCGGAGUCAGUGUGUGUCUGCAUGAGAGAGAUUUCCAGGUGGGCCUCUCAAUCCUGGAGAACAUAGUCUCCUGUAUGGAUCGUUCGCGGAGCAUCAUGCUCAUCAUCUCCAAGGAGUUCCUUCUCAGCCAGUGGUGUCAGUUUGAGAUGCAUCUGGCACAGCACAGGUUAUUAGAAACCCGUCGAGAAGACCUAAUCCUAGUCCUUCUAGAAGAGAUCCCACGCCGCUUGCGGCCCACUACCUUACACUACCUGAUGCUGACCAAGACCUACAUAGUCUACCCGGGUGAGGCCGGCGAUGGGGCCAAGAAGGACUUUUGGCGGAGACUAGGGAGGAGCGUCACUGCCAGGAGGCCGGAUCAUGAGAACGACUCGCUUGCGUAAUUUUACUAACUUUCCACGCGCAUAACGCAUAUACUGGCCGCGUAGCCAAGAUGCCAAUCGCUUACGCUCCGUAGCGAUCAAAACGCAACUGUCACUGUCGCACUAAUAUGGAAGAGUGAUAGAGAGACAUAAUGCUUUUCGUUGUCGAAGCGAUAGCGAUUGUAACCUUGGCUAGGCC